AUGUCACAAUUUGCUAAAAAUAUAUUUUUAAAGUUACUUACAUAUACACCCACAAAUAUCAACUGUAUAAAAAGUAAAAAAAAAAUUUUAAUCAAAAUUAUUUUUUUAUUUAUUUACUUGAUUAUUGCAGAUCUUAAAAAAAUAAAAAAAUUAAUUAACAUUUAUAUUUUUAAGAGCUUUCUUCAAAUUACAUAA